AUGCCUCCCGUUUCUAAAUACGAACACCUAUCCGGCCAUCAAAAACAAACUCAAAGUUCUAGUUCUAACUUGGGUGAUGAUAAUGUGGGUGAAGACAAUGUGAAAGAAGAUGAAGAAGCUAAUGUGGGCGAAGACAAUAUGAACGUUGAUGUAGACAACGUGAACGCAGGUGAAGAUAAUGUUAAUGCUACCGUAGAUGAAGAGUUGGUUAAUCCCGUUCCGGAUAUUGAUAUUUUUGAUCCUAGAAAUUGGGGUGGGCUUAGUAAUGACAUGAUUAAAGAGUUGGUUAUUAAAGGUCCAAAAAGAGAUAGGGAUGUUGUUAAGGGCCCCGUGGAUAAAUUUGGAAGACAUUUUUCUAAUAACAUUUUUGAGAACGGGGCAUUCGAAAGGUUGAAAUGCAAUGAAACAAUUGACACAUCGACAUAUGAGCAAUUUAGAAAAGAAAAAGAUUAUUGGAAACAAGUCAUCUUAAGGAUUGUUGCAGUUGUGAAGUUUCUUGCAAAAUAUGGCUUAGCGUUUCGUGGGUCAAAUGAGAAGUUGUAUCAAAAAGGCAAUGGAAACUUUUUGGGUUUGGUUGAGAUGUUGGAAGAGUUUGACCCGAUUAUGAAAGAACAUGUGCGCCGAGUUUUGAAUGAAAAGUGCCAUGUACACUUUCUUAGCCACAAUAUUCAAAACGAGUUGAUACAAUUAUUAGGGGAUAAAGUUAGAACCGAAAUCAUCAAGAAGGUUAAGCAAGCAAAGUAUUACUCCAUCAUCCUCGAUUGCACGCCUGAUACAAGUCACCAAGAGCAAAUGUCCAUAAUUGUAAGGUGGCAAAUUUUGAAAGACAAUGUUAAAGGAUUAACUCUUAAAUCAUUGUCUACAACUCGUUGGGAAAGUCGUAUAGAUAGUAUUAAGCCUAUAAGAACUCAACUUGGAGAUGUAAGAAAAGCUUUGCGAGAAGUUAGGGGGACGGAUAGAGAUGCUAAAAUCAUAAGUGAAGCUAAAUCAUUAGAAGAGUAUGAACUUGGUGAUUUUGAAUUUUUGGCACAAAUUGUCAUUUGGUUUGAAUUAUUAUCAAAGGUGAAUGUGGUGAGCAAACGGUUGCAAGCAAAAGAUGUUGUCCUUGAUGUUGCUAUUGAUGAAGUAGACAAAUUAAUUAAAUUCUUUAAGAAUUAUAGAGAAGUGGGGUUCUCUAAGGCACUUGAUGAAGCUAGAGAAAUUGCAAAUGAAAUAGGUGUAAAUGCGGAAUUUCGUCAAAAACGUGUGAUAUAUGGGAAAAAACAUUUUGAUGAAUCGUCAAGUGUAGAAGAAGUAACAUUUUCACCCGAGGAGGAUUUUAGAGUAAAUUAUUUUUUAAGUAUUGUUGAUCAAGCUAUUUUUUCACUUGAAACAAGAUUUGAACAAUACCAAAAAUUCGAAAAAAUAUUUGGGUUUUUGUUUCCUAAAAAGUUGAAGACUCUUGAUGAAGCCAAGCUUAAGGAGUGUUGUUAUCACCUUGAAGAUGCAUUGAAGUAUGAAGGAGAAUCAGAUAUUGGUGCUAAAGAAUUGUAUACGGAGUUGAAGUUGAUUACUACAUUUUUACCGAGACAUAUUGACAACCCUUUUGACGUUUUAGACUAUAUAUUCCAACGCAGUACUACUUAUCCUUAUGCUAUAAAUGCAUAUAAAGUGUUGUUGACAAUUCCGAUAACCGUGGCAUCAGCAGAAAGAAGUUUCUCAAAGUUAAAGUUGUUGAAGACCUAUUUACGUUCUACAAUGUCACAAGAAAGACUAAAUGGGUUGGCAACAAUAUCUAUUGAAAGUGAAAUAUUAGAUACUAUGGAUUACAAGGAGUUCGAGAGCUUUGCUUCAAAAAACGCUAGGAGAACCAUACUGUUUGCUUAG